ACCGAGAGAAAUCAUGCAGCAUCAGAAUGGCAUCCAGAUCUAAAUGUCCUGUGAGGUGCUCAGUCUCAGACCGGAGAUAUUCAGAAGCUGUGGAAGCGCUGAUGUCCAUGAACCUCCAGCAGAGAGUGUCCUCUGAUGUGUGUGAAGACCCCCUGCAGUCCAGCACACAGGUUAUGUCAUGCAUGACUCCACCGUCCAGCCCCGACAGCGAUCUGCACCUGGGGUCAGAGGUCACGGCUUCACCCGAGGCCAGAUCUCAAGCGGUCAGCGUGAUCCGGCACACGUCAGACGCCGACCGUGCUCCGCUCAGACCUCCAGCAGAUCUCCCAUCAGCCCCUGCUGCAGUCUUCCAGAUGCUUCCGGUGCCAGCGAGCUCCGGAUCUCCUCCGGCGUCGGUGCUGUUCGUGGCCGAAUCUUCAGUCCUGGUGAUUCUGCCCCCUAAACUAACAUCCACAGCACCUUCAGUGGGUUUGAAGUUCCCCGCCAUCGCUCCGGCUCCGGCCCGAGACUCGUCCGCAAACAGAGCCGCGUCUGGAGCCGUCCCAUCACGGCCCCGCGAUCACAUCUGCACCCAUCCCGACUGUGGGAAGACGUACUUCAAAAGCUCCCACCUGAAAGCACACCUGAGGACACACACAGGUGAGAAGCCGUUCAGGUGCUGCUGGGACGGCUGUUUACGGCGGUUUGCCAGAUCUGAUGAACUGUCUCGUCAUCGGCGCUCUCACACAGGAGAGAAGCGCUUCUCCUGUCCUGUUUGCCACAGCCGCUUUGUGCGGAGCGACCACCUGGCAAAACACACACGCCGCCAUCUAACCGCCCGGAGAACACCGCUGUGGCAGAAGGAGGUUUACCGUCUUCACAACAUCAGAAACCUGCAGCCUCUGGCUCCUAAAACUGAGAGCUGACCCAGUCCUUCACAGCUUCACCUUUAACUGUUUAUACAUAUAUAUGCACUGCUGUUCCAAAGUUUGGAAUCAUUAGGACUUUUU